CUCGCGAACGGCUACAGGAAGUGAUUGUGUGCUUGGGGACGUCAACACUUUUCCUCGAGCUCCUCUGACUAUUCCGACCUCAUUCACCGCAUAUAUGUGAGCUGUUUCAUGGAGCAGCGGUGGGGAAAUUAUCAUCAAGCUCUGUAAUCAAUACAGAUCGAGCGGAUCGUGUGAGUUUGUGGGCAGAAUUAAGUUCAUGUUCGAUGAUGAUCAUGGCAGCAGCAGGCAAUGAAAGUCCAAAUAAAAGCACUGAGGAUAAAACAUCAUCCCGCAGACAGAGUGAAGUGAACAAGAAGUUGAAGUACAUCAGUUUGGCAAUUCUGGUGAUCCAGAAUGCAUCGCUCAUCCUCAGCAUCCGCUACGUGCGGACGUUGCCGGGAGAUCGUUUCUUCGCCACAUCAGCCGUAGUGAUGGCAGAAGUCCUUAAAUUCCUCACCUGUCUGGUCAUCAUCGUGAUACAGAAGAGAGGUAAUGUGAAGUCCUUCGUAUGGUUGUUGUAUGACUCCAUAUUCAUCCAGUAUUCGGACACACUGAAGUUAGCAGUUCCGUCACUCAUCUACACUUUACAAAACAACCUGCAGUAUGUGGCCAUUUCCAAUUUACCAGCAGCCACUUUCCAGGUCACAUAUCAGCUGAAGAUCUUGACCACAGCAUUGUUUUCAGUGCUCAUGCUGCGGAAGAGCCUGUCUAAAAUCCAGUGGGUCUCACUAGUGCUGCUGUUCGCCGGUGUGGCGAUCGUCCAGGUGGAUCAGGAGAGUGGAAAGCAGAAGGAGGCUUUGACCAGCGUCAACCAGAACUACUUCAAGGGCUUGGUGUCCGUGAUCGUCUCGUGCUUGUCCUCCGGGUUCGCCGGCGUUUACUUCGAGAAGAUCUUGAAGGGAAGCUCUGCCUCGGUGUGGAUGAGAAACAUCCAGCUCGGGAUCUUCGGGACUCUUUUGGGUCUCCUCGGCAUGUGGUGGAACGACGGCGCCGCCAUCGCCGAAAAAGGCUUCCUGUUCGGAUACACUCCCCUCGUGUGGGUCGUCAUUUUCAACCAGGCGUUCGGCGGCCUCCUGGUGGCUGUUGUCGUGAAAUACGCAGACAAUAUUCUCAAAGGCUUCGCCACCUCUUUUUCCAUCAUCGUGUCCACGAUCACGUCCGUCUACCUCUUCGGCUUCCACGUGGACGUGAUAUUCACGCUGGGCGCAGGAUUGGUCAUAGGAGCCGUCUAUAUGUACAGUCUCCCCAAACCAAACACCAGCACUUCCAGCACCAGCACAUCUUCACCCAUCCACAGCAAUGGAAGAGACUCGGAGCUGGAUGCUUUCCUUCCAAAUCCCAAGGCCCCAGGAAAGAAGAAAGGAAAUUGACAAAAACAUGAAGAGAUGAUGAGAACACAUUGUGCCUACAGGUCCUACACUCCUGCCCUUGUUUCCAAAGGAAAGAUGAGAGUUAUGUUUCAAUUGCCUUAUUAUGCUCAGUCACAAUAUUAACUCCGUUACAAGUGAUCAUACUUCUAAACUAAACUGGGCUGACUGACUUUAUGAAACCUCAUAUUUAUGAUACCUCACUAUCAUAAUGAUAUGCAUUUGAUAUUGUCAUUGAUUGAAGGUGUAAUAUUAAUGUAAACAGGGAAUUUUUACGUUUUGUAUGCUGGAACUGGAAAAGUACUUUUUUUCAAUGGCCUCAUCAAAUUGGGAAUUCUGAAGCUGCUGCCUUAUUAUGAAAUAAUUUCUUAAUUCUUUUAUUGUAGUUUUGCUUUUUUACUAAUAACUGUUUUGCCAUAUUGUGUUCAUUGAUGCCUUUUGUGUUAGUGCCUUUAACAUUUCAGCUGUGCUAUGUGUGUGACAGAGUUUCAAAUAUACUUUAAAUAAUCAAGCAAACUUUUCUUUCUCCACAUGCACUUCAGAAACUCUAUUUCAUGUAAUUUUAUCUUGUUAUAUAUGCCAGUGAACUUUAAUUCACCUCUUUUAGAGUACAAAAACUGCAUUUCUGAUCUAAGUGUAUGCAUAUCACUGUGCUGUAGCCUACAAGUUUUUUUUUUUUUUUAAAAAAAAUAUCUAGCUACUCUGUAUUAUUAUUUGUUAUUAUUGGGUGAGCAGCAGUAAAAUGUGACUGAAUUGCAGUGGUUAUAUUUCAACCUUGUAAACAUACAUUUGCCUUAUUUCACAAUCCAAGUAAGGGAACCUAAAAUUAAACUAAAUGUUUAACCAUUUCAGAAGAAUAAUCAAUAUUAUUGUUGUAUUUGUGUUUGGAAUAAACAUGGUUUUGAAUGUGA